UGUCAUGUGAUACGGAUAGGAGGAAACGAGGAAGCACGCACACAGAUAACAUCCGGGAAGCAAAAUCUCUGAAUUCUGAUGUCAGAAUUACAUGCGGUUGGUGUACACAUUGUAAUUAUUGCUUUGGGGACUGUGUUGCUCAGCAUUUAACUGUAUUUGUUUAUACAUAAUAUAAUUUAAUCAAGGCCUGCUGUAACAAACGGUGUCCUUGUUAGCUUCAAUACGACGAGGUGAACACUGGAUUUGUGAAGGUUCAAGAAAAACUCAGCCAAUCAGAAUAACAAAAGGGUGAAGUGCAGCAUUUCUGCAGCCAACGAGUUUCCCCUUUUAUACCUGAACCACAAAACGGAACGCACCAGUGCAACGCCAUAACUUCUCCACUGCAGUUGGAGACAUCAGCGACCAGAAGCUAACAGCUGCAUUCCAAGCCUCUGGCGUGAAUAAGUUUCAGGCGGAGCUUCAUGGUCGUCAAGGUGACAUGCCUAUGAGAAUCCCGACUGGUGCUGUCACUGUCAGUUUCUCAGCACAUAGCACAUAGUACAGUAGUCGCUCAGUAACGAGGUGCAAACAGUGUAAAGUCUUUGAAGGUAUUCGCCAUGGCCGACUAUCGAAUCAGAAAAUAUGAAGACGAUGAUUACGAAGUAGCCAGGGAUAUUUUUGCUAGUGGCAUGAGCGAACAAUUCCCAGGCAUCUUUAUGCAUGCCCUCAAGCAGCCUUGGUCCCAGCUGUUCCUCGUGUGCUUACUCUGCGCUCUGCUCCUGAGCUCCAAAUCCUUCCUCUUCCCCAUCCUGGCACUCACCUUACUGCUAGCAGCAGGGCGUCAGGGAAUCAUCUACUUAUCUGGCAAGUACAUUGAGCAGAGCUUGAAUGCUGAUCUACUGGACAUCAACAAAACAUACCUGGAGAGUAAAGGCUCUUGCUUCUGGGUGGCGGAGAGUAAUGAUAACGUGGUCGGUACAGUUGCUGCCAUGCCUUCUAAGGAAGAGCCAGGCACCUUGGAGCUGAAGCGCCUGUCUGUGAGAGAGAACUACAGAGGCCUGGGCAUUGCCAAAGCGCUGUGCAGGACCGUCUCAGACUUCGCCCGUUUGAAUGGCUACCAAGCUGUGGUUUUGAGAACAUCGGUUGUCCAGCAUGAAGCGCAGAAGCUUUAUGAGAGAGUUGGUUAUAAAAAGACCAACGAAUACGUUUGGGAAUCCAUUCCAGGGAAGAUCAUGAACUUCACAAUAUUUGUGUAUAGAUAUGACAUUGCUGCUCCAAACUGAAGAAAAGGUACACUGUAGUAGUGGCAAAUAUACUUGGGCCAGAUUUGUUGGAAGUCUUUACUCUAAAAUGCAAUUUGCGUUAUUUUUAUGAAAGGAAAAUAAAUAGUAACAAACAAAACCAAAAGUUUAAUUUUAGAGACCCAAAAGUAUUACAAAGUGGUUUGUUGUGUAUCUUAAUACUAUUAUUACUUAUACUUAUUACUACUAUUAUUACUAUUAUUGCUUCUUAAUUGCUGUCAUUUUAAAGGCAUAUUUCAAGUGUCCCAGCAAAUGGGGUUUGACCUGAGUGUAUAAUCCCAGUGAGUGUGGUUACCUAGUUUUGAAUAAUUUGGAUUUUAAAAGCCAUGUACACAAAAUGUUCACAAAACUUGUAAGUAGUCUUAAGUUGUUUCUUAUUCAUUGUAGGAUUGUAAUUGUGUUUUGUUUUUCCCUUUCAGGUAAAACUGAUGAUGAUGUGGAGUAAAUAGCUUUGAGAGUCUAGCCCAUUGAAUUACUGUUCCUGGAUUAACUGUUCAUUGUUUUGUAAACGCAGGAAAGUGCAGUUUUCAGAAAACUUGAACUCAUGUACACACACUAAUUGAGAGACCCAUACAACACAAAAUAUGAAUUUAAAUUAUAACACUUCAUGCAUCAAAGUCAAUACCCUAAUUAAAAAUUGAUCACAAAAAAAAAGUCAAUACCCUAAUUAAGGGAAAAAUGUCCUUAAGCAGCUUUCUGCACCACCCUUAAACCCAAGGGUUUAUAUAACUUAGGGUGUUUUAUGUAACUGGCCACUGGAGUUUUUAAGCAGUAGCUUGGUGUGUUAUCAUUGAAAAUAAUAUUUGGAUAAGGACUUUAAAAUAAUAAUGUCUUGGUGUUUCAGCCCCAGCAGGUGAUCUCAAAUGUAAUUGUAUAGCCUAGUUUAUGUGAUUAAUAUUAAUAUGCCAAACCCACAUGUUACAUUGUAGAAUUGGUGAUCUCUUGCUAUUUUAGAAAUGUUACUGCAGCCGAUUACAGUAGUAAAUAGUGAAUUUCCUGGACAUGUAACCAAUUAGGGCAGUAGAAAAACAAAAUCAAUAUGCAAACUCAAAUCAUCAUAAAAGAAUGUAAUGUUUCUGUCAUGUCACCAAUUAUGUGUCUGAUUUCAAUGUUUUUGUUUUUUUUCUCUUUAAAAUAUCAUUUAGAAAAGGUUAAGAAAAAUAAUCUUAUUUGGGAGCCUUGCAAAAAUAAUGUCUAAACAUUGUAGAUAAUUGUAUAAUGGUUUAAAACAACUAUAGGCUUAUGUUUCCUGUGGGUUGAUUAAUAAAGAAUGUACAGUUCUAUUCA